AUGGGGAUCAUCGUACCUAUUGUUGAUGACAGGAAGGCUCGCAACAAUAUCUUGCUUUUUAACCGUCGGACCUACGAUGACGUUCAGGUUCCUAAUCUUUCUGUACUGCUACUGCAUCAAAGCACCCAAUCUACAUGCCUCACAAAACUGGAAGAUUAUGGAUUUGGAGUAGUCAAUUCAAAGGUGAAGAUAAUCCAUGUUACUGGAGUUCUCUGCAACAUUCAAGUCUUUACAAAAGUGAUGCCUUCUCUUUUUGCUCCAAAUUUUGAAGACCUCUUUACAAACACUUCAUACGCAUAUCAAGUCAAAUCUCUAAAACUUGAGAUCCUUUCUUCCAUUGCUACAGAUGAAUCAAUCUCAGUUAUCUUUCAAGAAUUGCAGCGUAGAAAAGAAAAUAGUACUUGUUUGGUGGCACUGGGAACAAAUGAUGGUGAAGUCUUCACCAUUAAUGCCACUUCUGCAGAGUUAAAAUGGAAAUCUUAUGCAUAUUAUCAUAGAUGA